AUACCAGUCUGUCUGUCGUCUCUCUCUCUCUCUCUCUCUCUCUCUCUCUCUCGAAUUCGAGAGAUUUCCAGGUUUUGGUUUUUACUCGAAAGAGAAACUUUAAAAACCCUAAUUUCAGGAGAUUUAGGGCUUCGAAAUCCAUGACGUCUCGAAGGCGCAUGCUUCUUAAGGUCAUAAUCCUCGGAGACUCCGGGGUUGGGAAGACAUCUCUAAUGAAUCAAUAUGUGAAUCGGAAGUUUAGCAAUCAGUAUAAAGCAACAAUUGGAGCGGAUUUCUUGACGAAAGAAGUCCAGUUUGAAGAUAGGCUGUUCACAUUGCAGAUAUGGGACACAGCUGGUCAGGAGAGGUUUCAAAGUCUUGGUGUGGCUUUCUAUCGCGGUGCAGACUGCUGUGUUCUUGUUUACGAUGUCAAUGUCAUGAAGUCAUUUGACAACCUCAACAAUUGGCGUGAAGAGUUUCUAAUUCAGGCGAGCCCAUCCGACCCUGAAAACUUCCCAUUCGUCGUGCUGGGAAACAAAAUAGACGUGGAUGGUGGCAACAGCCGGGUGGUGUCAGAGAAGAAGGCAAAGGCAUGGUGUGCCUCCAAGGGGAACAUCCCCUACUUUGAGACUUCUGCAAAAGAGGGUUUCAAUGUCGAAGCUGCAUUCGAAUGUAUAGCUAAGAAUGCUCUCAAGAAUGAACCUGAAGAAGAAGUAUACCUACCGGAUACCAUUGACGUGGCGGGCGGAGGACAGCAACCAAGAUCAUCAGGCUGCGAAUGUUAGGUGGGUGUUUUGCUUGUCAUGGAAAAUGGCUACUGCACUUCUCUCCAUUUGAUUCACAGUGAUUAUUCAGUGAAGGCUUUUAUAAUUCUAUGUAUACUAUUGAGUUGGUAUUAAAAAAAAAAAAAGGAAGAAGAAGAAGACAGGAUUGAUGAUCGUGAUAUGUGAUACUCCAUCUCUUGGAUCCUCUCAUCUUUCCCUUCUCGCUUUGCUGGAAAUUCGGUUGGAUUAAUACUAGAAAUUUGUGUUAUCAAUGGCAAGCUAUCUUAGUUUAUUCUGCCUUA